AUGACUUCUUGCGGUGUUACUUCGACUAAUACUAAUAGAAAUGAAUUUGAAUAUGUAUUUUCAAUUCAAGGGCAAAUUUAUCACAAAAUAGGAUCAUUACUUUCAAUGCUUAACGAUGACCAUAAAUUUCUGCAAAUAUAUUUCAUCGGAAAUGAAGAACAAGAAAUUGAUCAACGAUGCACAAAAUUUAAUGGAUUGAGACGCAAAAUAAUCCAAGAUAUACAGAGGAUCUUACACAAAUACAAUCAACUGAUUUACAUAUUCAGAACAACAUUAGACCGCCUGAUUUCUGAUGACUAUAAAAUUGUAGUUCGAGCCGAUAAAAGACCAUGUAGAGAACACGAACGUAGACUUAAUUCACAUCAGACAGAUGAAGUCGCCAUCGUAAUUGUGGACAAUGAAAAUACAAGCUGUGACAUAAUUGUACAACGAAGAAGAAAAGGACUACAACGCAUUGCAGAGAAACACCGUUCAUAUGAUGCUCUUCAAUAUCCGUUAAUAUUUCUGCACGGAGAGGACGCAUAUCAUUUCAAUCUAAAACACAUUCAUCCUGAAACAGGCAUAGAAACAAAUAAAAAAGUCACUUCCAAGGAGUUCUAUGCUUACCGCUUAAUGAUUAGAGACAAUGAAAUAUACAAUCACAUACUCAACACUCGCCGUUUAUUCCAACAAUUUCUGGUAGAUAUGUACGCAAAAAUAGAAGCAGAACGAAUGCUUUACAUAAGACUGAAUCAAGAAACUACGCACAGAAGAAUACGUCCAUCAUUCAUACAACCUUCGAGACGCGAUCAUAAAUGA